GUGUGAUGAAAACGUGUUCGUUAAGCAAAGACUUUUACUACUAAAAAAUCAAGUCAAAUCAAAGCCGCGGGACACUGGAUCUCUGCCUCGGGAUAACGCUGUGUGUUUGUAGGAGCUCCUGGUGGACACGGCACGCAACGGCGACGCACGGGACAUGUGUUUUGCCGAGACUUUUGAAGUCCGAAAAGUGCGUAAAGAAGACAAGGGACAGCCUGGUGACUGGUUCAGAUUCAGACUGUGGACAAAGUUAGCGAACUAACUAAGAAGAAAGUGCUGCCUGGAGAUGCGGACUGCCAGCGUCCAACUGUGACUCUCACGUAGCAAGGGGUUAACGCGCGUCCACGGGGAGUUGGGACAAGCUCUGCCUUUCCUUCGUUCGGAUCAACUCAUUGGGUGGGAGCUGAAAGAGAGACAAGAGUCCCCAGCAAAUCAGGAGCUAAUUGAUUAAAGAGACUUCAUUUGAAUAGGAGGGGGGCUGGCGAGGUGCCAAUCGCCUUUCAAACAAGCCUCCCCCGUAUGAUUAAUCGCGCAGCAUUAUUGAUAAUCAUAACGGGGCACAUGCGCGGUGGAUGGGCUCCAUUUACGUAAUUUUUCAGAGGGGUUUUGUACUCAUUUUUUUAUUCGGCGCCUGCUGAUGUGCCAGCCAGCAUGUCGCGGAGGAAACAAGCGAAGCCGCAACACUUCCAGUCGGACCCUCUUCUGCCUCUACCCGAGCACAAUGGGGAUGCAGAACUAUGCUCAGAGGAAGCCCCCCUCAAGGACUCAGAUGCCCAUGUCUGCAACAGAUGUUGUGCUGAGUUCUUUGAACUAUUCGAUCUUGAGGAACAUCAGAAAAAUUGCACUAAGAAUCAGUUAGUUCUGAUAGUUAAUGAGAAUCCUGCCUCUCCUGCUGGAACAUUUUCACCUGGAUCUCCCCAUAAUCCUGAUGACCAGAUGAAUGACGCAGUGAAUAACACUGACCACACUGAGUCCAGUCCUCUUCUGGAGCCCAGCGCUCUUGACAAAGAUGAAUCUAUGGAUGUGGACGUUUCAGGAAUGAGCAGUGGCCACGAGGAGGAUGGUAGUCACACAGAGAGUGCCAGCCCUGUACACACUGGCAGCAGGGGAGCAUCUGGUCCUGCUGUUGGCACUUCACCUAUUUCUGCCCCUCUACCUCAGCUCAGUAACCUGGCUGAAUUGGGAAACUUCUCAAUGAUCAAUAGUAAUGUUAUAAUUGAGAAUUUGCAAAGCACCAAAGUAGCUGUAGCUCAAUUCUCUCAAGAAGCUCGUGGGGGUGCAGGGCCAAGAGUGGCAGUGCCAGCCCUGAUGGAGCAACUCCUAGCACUACAGCAGCAACAAAUCCACCAGCUUCAACUAAUUGAACAGAUUCGCCACCAGAUACUGCUGUUAGCAUCACAGUCUCCAGAGAUGCAGGCAGCAUCCACCUCUACAGCAGGCAGUGGAGGGGCAGCAGCCAGCCCUCUGACCACUCUCAGCUCCCAUCUCUCUCAACAGCUGGCUGCAGCUGCAGGCCUUGCCCAGAACCUGGCCAGUCAGUCAGCCAACAUCAGCAGCCUGAAACAACUGGCUGCCGCAGCACAGCUACCUCAACCCGCCCCCUGCAGUAGUGAGAAAUCUCAUAGCAUGAGCACACUAGGCCCAUCUACAGGCUCCCAGUCCUCUGACAAGAGGCCAGCUCAUGUCAGUAGUCUACACUCUCAGCUCAGCAGCUCUCCACUAGUGAAGUCCUCCACACCAGCGUUUGGCAUAGGUAAUUUGUUAAGCUCUGCAGUCAAUCCCCUACUACCUCAGCCCCCACCUGGAAACCCCAUGUUCUCCAGUUCUCUUCCAAGUGUUGGUACCACCGUAGAGGACCUCAACUCUUUAGCAGCUUUGGCCCAGGCAAGGCAAGCCAAAGGCAAGCCACCCAAUGUCACUUCCUUUGAACAUAAGAGCAGCUCGGAUGAGGCGUUCUUUAAGCAUAAGUGUAGAUUUUGUGGUAAAGUGUUUGGAAGUGACAGUGCCUUGCAAAUCCACUUGCGCUCUCACACUGGCGAGAGGCCAUAUAAAUGCAACAUCUGUGGCAACAGGUUCUCUACUCGUGGAAACUUAAAGGUACAUUUCCAGCGUCACAAAGAAAAAUAUCCACACAUCCAGAUGAAUCCCUACCCAGUUCCUGAACAUUUAGAUAACAUCCCAACUAGCACGGGUAUUCCCUAUGGUAUGUCCAUGCCCCCUGAGAAACCUGUCACCAGCUGGCUAGACAGCAAACCUGUGCUGCCCACACUAACUUCCUCAGUUGGCAUGCUGCUUCCACCAACUAUGCCAAGCCUCCCACAUUUCAUUAAAAAAGAAGAUCACUCAAUAGCCAUAAUGAGCCCUUCUGUUACAGCAAAGAGUGACAAUGGUGCUGCAGAACCCUCUGCAAAAAGUGACGGGGCAUCUGAAGAAGGUGAAGGAGCAACUCUGCCUACCUCAAAUGGGAAGAAUGAAGAAGGCAGCCAAUCCUCAGGCAUAAUGACAAAUGUUAGCUCUGCCUCUGAUAGCACUGCUGAAUACACCACAUCCAAUAGCCCACCCAUGAUGACCAACCCACUCAUGCCUCUCAUGUCUGAGCAGUUCAAGGCUAAAUUCCCUUUUGGCGGCAUCCUGGAUCCUCUCCAGGGGUCAGAGACGUCCAAACUUCAGCAGCUUGUGGAAAACAUUGACAGAAAAGUGACAGAUCCUAAUGAAUGUGUCAUCUGUCACAGAGUACUGAGUUGCCAAAGUGCUCUAAAAAUGCACUAUCGUACACACACAGGGGAGCGGCCUUUUAAAUGUAAAAUCUGUGGAAGGGCAUUUACCACCAAGGGCAAUCUAAAGACACACUACAGUGUCCACAGAGCCAUGCCCCCUCUAAGAGUGCAGCACUCCUGUCCUAUUUGUCAGAAGAAAUUCACAAAUGCUGUGGUUUUACAGCAGCAUAUCCGCAUGCAUAUGGGUGGUCAGAUCCCUAAUACCCCUCUGCCCGACAGUUACCCUGAAUCCAUGGCCUCUGACACUGGCUCAUUUGAUGAAAGGAACUAUGACGAUCUCGAUAACUUUUCUGAUGAUUACACUGAAGGAAUGGAGGAGGGUCCAGACAGCAGUGUGCCUGAUACACCCAGGUCUGCGGAUGCUUCCCAUGACAGUCUGUGCAACUCCCCGGCUCCUCUGGAUGUUGGAGGCCAGGAGGGGCAUGAGCGAAACAAUCAGCUGAUCACCGACAAUAAUGACAUGGAAGAGAUACAACCUAGCCAAGGGAAAACUGCUGCAAAUGGCUCAGGUGAUGGGGAUUGUUUCACAAAUGACUCCUCAUCACUGGGAGGGGAUCUUGAAAGCCAAAGUGCCGGAAGUCCAGCUGUAUCAGAAUCUACCUCCUCCAUGCAAGCACCAUCCCCAACUAAUGUUCACCCUCAAAUACGCAAAUCCCCUACGCUUGAAGAAAGGCACCAGAGGCCCUUUUCCAUGGAGCAUACAAGUCUCUUACACUCUCAGCCUCCAAACACUGCCCUUGACCUGACUUCUGUUAAUUCAUCAAAAGACCCCCUUGGCAUGAUUUUCCCCUUUCGAGAACGCAGCGUCACUAAAAACACUUCAUGUGACAUCUGUGGCAAAACCUUUGCAUGUCAGAGUGCCUUGGACAUUCACUAUCGAAGCCAUACCAAAGAACGACCUUUUAUUUGCACGGCCUGUAACCGGGGUUUCUCAACUAAAGGCAACCUCAAACAGCACAUGCUUACCCAUCAAAUGAGAGACCUGCCAUCACAGCUCUUUGAACCAUCCAACACUAACCUCUCCUCCAGCCCGACCCCUUCUCUACUCUCCGUGGGACCACUCAGCAAACCUGAGGUGAAUGGCUUCCUCCACAGCCUCCACCCAGAUAACAAGGACUUGCCCCCCAGUAUGAUCACAUCCUCCGCCUCCACCUCCCCUGUGCUGUCUGCGCCCCCUCCCCGCAGGACACCCAAGCAGCACUUCUGUAACACCUGUGGGAAGUGUUUCUCGUCCUCUAGCGCUCUGCAGAUCCAUGAGAGGACCCACACCGGAGAGAAGCCGUUUGCCUGUAGCAUUUGUGGACGUGCUUUCACCACCAAAGGAAAUCUCAAGGUUCACAUGGGCACUCACAUGUGGAACAGUGCUCCUGCCAGACGGGGCCGUCGGCUCUCUGUGGAUGGGCCCAUGGCCUUCCUGGGAACAAAUCCGGUCAAGUUUCCGGAACUUUUUCAGAAAGACAUGGCUUCAAGAGCUGGCAAUGGUGACCCUGCCAGUUUUUGGAACCAGUAUGCUGCAGCCUUUUCUAAUGGCCUUGCCAUGAAAACAAAUGAAAUCUCUGUCAUUCAGAAUGGAGGACUCCCACCUAUGUCGGGUGUUAUAGGAAAUGGUGGUAGCUCUCCUAUUGGUGGCAUGACUGGCAGCUUAGACAAGCUACAUAGCACAGAGCCCAAUGCUGCACUUGCAGGGCUGGAGAAGAUGGCGAACACAGAGAACGGAGGCCACUUCCGCUUCACGCGGUUCAUGGAGGACAAUAAAGAAAUUGUAACCAGUUAAACAGUAUGUGUAUACCCAUAGUGACUAUGAUGAUGCCUAAAGGCAUAGUGUAAUCAUGUAAACACAUACAGAAUAUGAGUAAGAACAAGACAGGGACAAAAUCAAGUAUCUGCUUUGCUCGCCAUUGAAUCUUUACAGACAUCAGUGUGAAGACAAAGCUGCUUUUUGUACAAUGUACAUGUUAUAGUUUUAAUGAGCUUAUUUAUUAGUGGUUAUAACCUUGCUUGAAUCUAAAUGGAAGCAUUAACAGUUAGGUUUUUGUUUUAAGUGAGAAUGGAUGUGUGUGUGCUUUCAAAAUGUACUUUUGAACUUUAGAAAAACUGGGUAGAGAACUUUACCUUGACAUUAAAUUAUUUUCUGUCUGUAGUACCUAUAUUCGAACUGUCGUUGUUCAUGUGAUGCAUUAUCCUUGUAAUAAGCAAAGAAACUUGCUGUAAAUAAUGUAUACUGAUCCUCUGUAGACAGUCUAACCUCUGUGUGUCCAUACACCCCCACUCCCCUCAUCCAAGCAAGAUGAUGACUUUCAGGCAAAGUUCUUUUUGUUCACUUGUUACGUUAUUUAAAGAGGACUGGUAUUUUACAUUUGCUUUAUUUCAGUGUUUUAGAGUUUGGUUGUUACAUUUCUGUUUAUUGUACUAGUAACUUUUUAAAUUACUUGUUUUUAUCUGUAAAGUUUUUGUUCAUUUGGGAAUAUUUGACUGGAUGUCCUAUAUCUUGUUUUGACAACCAAUCAAUUGAACAAAAUUAUGAGGUUUCUAGGCUGGAUUCUCACAUUGCUGCUAUGUUCCAGCGAACUCCUCUCGCAAAUCAAGAGCAAGUUCUAUGUCAAAGCUUGUGUAAAUAGAUUCUCCCACAGAAAAAGAUGUACAGAAACCUCACAGAAGUCCAUCAUUACAUGGGAAAAUAGUGUUUUUAUAAGUACAAAUAGCCUAUGGGUUUGACAACCUUCGGACUGUUUCAUGCACUUUCUUGGAAAGUUGAAAGAUCUUUAUGGGUCCAGUUUCUCUACACUUUAAUACCUACUAACAACUAAGUUACUGUAAAUCUUUACUCUAAUAAUCAAAUA